ACCCACGCAGAGCGAUCAUUUGACAACAAGAUGUCGACUGCACUGACGCAGCUCGUUGUAGGCGUCGAGGGCGCGCGCGACCUUCUCGUGGGGGAUCUGAACGGCUCCAGUGACCCGUUCGUGCAGCUAACAGUGCUGGACGCCAAGGGGCAGCCACUGGCGGCCGCAGGCACCUUCAAGACGCGCGUGGCCAAGCGUACACUAAGCCCUGAAUGGCACGAGACCUUCACUCUCGGCUCUCGUAGCUUCGACCUGCGGUUAGCGACGACUUUGCGCUUCAUGGUGUUCGACUUCGACGGACUUAAGCGGGACGACGUGUUGGGCGUCGUGGAUGUCCCGCUGGACGUGAUUACGUGCGACUCGGAGCCCAUGGACGACUGGUACCGUAUCGUGAAGGUGCCGGAUCUAAUGACGACGGACGCCAAGGGAGAACUCCACUUGACAUUCAGUAAACCUGCAGCUAGACUCAAGGCCAAGUCCGUGGUCUCGGAGAGCCCCAACUUACUGUACGUUACCAUCGACUCGGGCAAAGAUUUACUGCCCAUGGACCGCAAUAACAGCAGCGAUCCUCUCGUUAAGUUGUCAGUUGUGGGGCAACGUCACCAAACUGAAACUGUAGCCAAAACGUUGAAGCCUCAUUGGGACGAACGCUUCGCCUUCUUACUGAGUGACGCCCAUACAACGUUGGAGUUGCUGGCAGAGGACGAAGACCGCACUAUUAACGACUUUUUGGGUCGCGCCCAAUUGGUUCUGGCCGAUGUGGUGGUACCUAAUGAGGAGAAGACAGUGACCGUCACUCUGCUGGAUAAAAAGCUGCAUCAUGACAAAGAUCGCGGCACUUUAAAGCUGCGACUUUUGUGGGUUUUUGACGAAAACGCCGAAAGUAUAACGAAAAGUUCCAAAAAGAAAAAGGAAAAGUCCAUUUUACAGUCACUCAAGCAGUCAAUGCGCGUGAGUGCACCUGACGGUCCGUACAAUUCGGAUGACGAAUUAAACGACGAGGACGACGAAGUUUUGGACGUUGAGAGUGACGACGAGGUCGAUGCAGCUUCACUGCCGCCUCCAGCACCAGGAACUUCGAGACUGAACUUCGCAGUGGCCACGAUUCAUCGAGUGGAGGGGCUCCCACCGAUGGAUUCGUUGUUGUUUGACAAGGGAGAGAACCGUAAACACAGCAAAGGAGGCAUUGACGUUUAUGUGGCUGCAGCUCUGGCCUCCGAACCAGAGGAAUUUGUACGCACACGCGUGCGUACGAAACAUGGACGUCGGGACCAGUUGAACGCGAAUUUCCGCGAGAGUUUGAUGCUGUAUCUGCCGGAUACUAAGGAACCUCAUGAUGUGAUCUUUAACGUCAUGGACUGGGAUCCUGUGGGCGGCGAUGAAGUUGUCGGGAAAUUUGAACUUAAAAACGUCGAAGCUGUGGCGAAAAUUCACGAAAACCAGCCCUUCUGGGUGAAUUUGUACGGUGCACCCGUUAAAGGUGUGAGUAACAACAGUCGAGCUGCAGAAUUCAUGAAUGAGAAUGGGAAUCUGGCGUCUGCGUAUCGUGGCCGUGUGCUGUUGACGCUGCGUAUCCGAGCCAAGUCGUCGGACACGUACGAAGCGAAACACCAGAAACGUUUGGCUCCUAAACUGCCGAUCGAGAGCUUCCCGGAGAGCUGCGUGUAUCGUAUGCGAGCUCACUUUGUGCAGGCGAUCGGAUUGCCGUCUGCUGUGGCGACUGGGAAGCCGAAAUUGUCGCUCGUGCUGUCCUGUGGCCUCCGUCAGAUCGCGUCCACGAGGAAGAGCGCUGUGAAUGGAAGUAUCAAGUGGAACGAGACGGAGGAGAGCGACAAGAUGCUCUUCCCCGUGGAUAUCAACCAAGUACCGGACGUGUUCUUGUACUUGUGCGAAAAAGAUGACGACAACCGUGUAGCCAUUUGCUACAAACGUUUCAGUGCGAAAGAACUGCUGAUCUCGCAGUUUGAACGCGAGACGGAGUGGAUCCCUUUGGUUGGAGAUCGUGCGGUGAAUAAGGCCAAGCCACGCGAGGAAUUUACCGGUAAAGUGAUGGUACGUCUCGGUUUUGGCGCCAUCGAGACAGCCACGGCGCAGUCGUGGGACCAGAAGACGAUGAUCGAGUGCGUGAACCGCCACAAGCCGUACCAGGUGCGUGUGCGUCUCCAUGAAGCCAGGAACUUGGUGUCGCUGCAUGACAGCACCAAGACGAUCGUCGCGAGCGCUACAGUUCAAUGCUGGGACGGCUGCCACAAGACGGAGACUGCUAAGGAACAGGAGCCUUCUACGUGUCCGAUUUGGGCGCAGACGUUCUGUAUGGACGUGAAUCUACCGGAUCUGCAGUACGCGCCGCACGUGUUGAUCCAUGUGAGGAACGAGAGUCCGUCUGAGUACAUCGGCACAGCAGCUAUCAAGCUGUCGGAUGCUGGUAGUAAUAACAGCGUGACGGUGUGUACGUCUCAAGAACUCAAGCAGAACGAACGUCCGCAACAGCCGAAGCCCAAGUGGCUGUCUGUGGUGUUCAAUGGAGACGACGGAGAGACGUUGCAUGGUCAAGUUCUCGCGUCAGUUGAGCUCAUCCGCAAGGCCUUUCCGGAUGAAACUUUGCCCGAGCCAGAAGCGCUGGAAAAAGUGCACCUGGACGUGUGAACAGAAAAUUAAGCAGCACAGGUGAGAGUUGAUACCUAGUAAGUUGCUGGAAUGGACGUGUACAUAUUGCGUCUUGGUUAUCGUGUCUAGACCAGCAGCGACGUUACCAGUCCGUUGCCGUACGAGCGAUCAAUCUGCACCACGCCGUUGGCUACCAGCGAGUACAGCGCGCGAAUGACCACGCCGUUGCCGUUGGGUUUGCCGUGGUCUUUGAGUACUGUACUGGCUUCCUGCUUUAACUCGUUCACUCCCAUCUCACCUUCGUGUUCGUACAGCAAAUGCAGCAGCACUGCUUCUUCCCGUAAAGUCGGUGGG